GGAUAACGAAGGCAGGGAACUCGCCGAAAACGACGGGAUCGAUCUCUGUCUGAUCACGCGAGAUGCAUUCGGGAUUUCUGCUCUUGUCGCUGCUCUCGUAUCUGCUCGUCCGCGACACCCUGGCCGGGCCUGUCGCUUACGAGGACGCCGUCGAGGACGAUGUCGCCGCCGUCGGCUCGUACAUCCGCGAGGUGCGCCAACUGGCGCCGCCGAGGCUCGCCGCGGAAGUGGAGGACCUCACGGGCGCCGGUAACGCGCCGGAGCCGCGGGACGAUAAAAAGCGCAUGAAAAACGCAUCUGGCAAAUCAGACGAGGGCGGUUACUACAGAACCUACGGGAGCGAUGCGGAGGGCGAGAAGGGUUACUUGAAGGAAACCUACGGCAAAGGUGAUCAAGGCUACAAGACUCUCGACACCUUCCACAAACAGGACGGCGACAAGUACGAGUUUGAGACGCAAACUACCUACGGCACGGCUGACGAUGACAGGGAAAAGCAGAAAGAGGAGAAAAAAGGCGACCACGAGGGCGCAGGCACCACGUCCGAUGCCGAGUACGCCGCCGACGAGGGUGGCGAGUACUACGCUGAGAGCGACGACGACGGCGAACACUACAGCCACCACAUGGAGAACGAGCCGGAGUCCACGAAUUACGGGCACAGCGAGAAAUAUUCGUCCGGAGGCGACGAAGACGGAUCUUACGAGAGAUCCGGCUCUUACAGCUACGACGGCAAAGAGGGAGGGCAGGAGGACGAGGGGGAUCACUAUUAACUUAACCGGCGUGGAAUAGUAAUUCCGAUAUCGCCGCUGAUACUCAUCGCGACUCAUCCAAGCGGAACUCGCUCGCUGCUGCCUUUUCCGUCCUUUUAAUCGAGCACGAACGCACAGCUAUCGGGAAUAUUAACGGUUCAUCGCGGCUAAAAGUACGUCACACUGUUAAAGCGAUCGAAAAGAUGGCGCGUGUGCGCAUGUGUGGGCGCGUUAUAAUCGCGCGGAUAUUUUGACGCAUCUCGAAAAAUGAAAACAAUGCACGCGCUCUUCCGCCGCCGUGUAUUGCGAGCGAUUAACGGUCACUUUGCGGCUCGCGCGAAUUCGUCACACGCAGGCGGAUUGUAAUAAUAGUUUAUGUUUGCUAAUAAAGUAUCAUCAACGACGCGCGUGUUAAUUUUGCCCGGCUGUUAAACUCCGAAUUCCGCGUUGACGCCUACGCGCGCGCGCGCCGAACGGCGCGCUUUCCGGCCGUAAUUGGCGCGGCAAUUACGGCCGCACGCGACUGAUCUUUUAAUUACCUCAAUUAGAAGACGCGAAAACAAUCGCGCUCGGCUCGGCGGGCCGCGUCGAAAGCGCCGAGCUCCAGCACUCGCGCGAGUCGAACGGUGGUUUAAUAUUAAAACAGCGUUUCCAUGAUGAAAUUUGCCUUUACGCUUUCAGCCGGGGUCGAUCGCGGCGAGCGAGUGCGCGCUCGAAAUUGCCGGCCGGCGAAACUCGUUACAUUAGCAAUGCCCGUGCAUGAUCGAUUAUCAACGGCUAAUCCAUUCCCGGGUAUGCCUCGCGUUGCGUGCAAAUAGACCGUUCUCGCGAUACGGAUGGAUGCGCGUCCGCUCGCCGCAACGCCCGGCUUCUUAGCCGGCUAAGCGCUCCGUUUCUCCGCUUCUGCGGAGACGCACGCCGCGUUCGCAGACACCGCGAUCGGAAACGCGCAAGGACAAUCUGCACUUUCCAACUCGACGGCGGGAAGGUAGCUGCCCUUUGACAGCGUCGCGAGGAUGCUUGCGGCGCCAUUCACGUAACAGACGAACGACGCGUCUCGCAUCCCUCCUCGGAGCUUGGAUCUCGCCGGGGGUGAGAUUUGCUUCAGCCGUUCCACUCAACCAGUUUAUCAGCCGCGCAUACCCGAACAUAAAAUUCUUAGGGCUAUCCUCAUGAAGCAUAGGGCCUCGAUAAGGCUCAAAAUAGGAUGUCUUAUUAUUAUCACAUCAGGCCCCGAGAUGGAUCUUUUAGGGAUACCUUAGAUUUUACGAAACAAAGCCUUUGGAUGGGAGAAGCGGAGAAGAGUCUUGGAAAGAUUUUUUAGGGAUGCCUGAGAUCUAAUAAAUAAGGUUUUAAUAUGGAAAACUGAUGUGGGCCUUACAAGGAUUUUUUAAGGACUUUUAAG